GAUUGAGAUUUAUGAGUGAUUUUACCAACACUGGUAGCCAACACGAGCAAGCCAUGAAAUUCCAAUGACGCCGUUGUUUCUAACACGAGCCGCAUCCCAGCACACUGCUGUUGACGACAAAUACCCAUGGAAACGAUAGUUACAAGCAAGUGUAGUAACCACAGUUUGAGCGCUGGUGUAUUUUAAAGUGGAAAGUACUUCUGAAAAAUUGUUUGUUCUAUUGAAAAUUUGUUGAAGAAAAAGUGUCCAAUAAACAAUCGGCACCGAACAUCUAAGCAGUUCGCUUCUCGAGAACGGCAUUUAAUUAAGCUUCGCUCCAGUGUAUCGGCAUUGAAAUGUGUUUGUGAUCGUCAUUCAACCGAAUAUAGAAAGUUGUACGUAACAGCUCAACGCCAGUGUUGCAAUCCGUUUAAUUUACAUGCAGCCAUUCGUCGGAAAAGUUUAAAACUCAUUUCUUCCCGGUUUCAUGAUGACUGCAACAAGUACUUACCCGGGGUAAUUGAAGGACGUAAGAUAUGCUUACAAUGUCACCUUGCAGUGCGAAACAUGAAUUUUACCCAGCAGCAGCAAUCGAAGCUCAAGUUGAAGAGUUGGACGGGGAUAUUGUUGACUCAGUUCGGAAGUACAAUACGGUUUGGGCCAAAAAAUAUCCAACAGAGAAACUCACUCGGGCUUCAGCGGUGUUGAAAACAGCUUUUGAUGCAGUUGUGAAACCUGAAUGCAUUGAGCCAUGCGUAGCAGAUGAAGCAUAUGAAAGUGCGGGGAAAGAAAUGAUCGAUCAACUAAAAGAUAAAUUCAAGUCGCGCAUUCAAUCAUCGGAGAAGGUUUUGGUUUUGUCAGCACUUCCGAAAUCGUGGACUGUACGAAAAAUUUAAGGUUAGCAUUGUAAGGUACUUUGCAUGAACCACGGGAAGGUAAUAGGAUAUACUAAGGCUUAGCAUGGGUUCCCAAACUGUGGGUCGCGACCCCCAGGGGAGUCGCGGGAUAAUCAUUGAUGUGCCGCGAAAGACAACUCUUGAUUCAUACUUGAGUCCUUUUUUGUCCUAAAAAUGUAUACCAGCUUUUAGAUUUGAAUCUUAUAAGUAAUGAUUAGAUUUGGAGUACUAAUAAACGAAUAACUAAAGAACAACAAAUUUUAAGAAGUAAAUAGCCUUCUUUAGGUAUCCAAAACAGAUGAAAAUAUGAAUGCUAAACUGUGCUGGACGUCAAAAUCCAUGUCCAAUCCAAAAACAAUAUAAAUUCAAUUGAAAAAUCUAUUUGAAAUCCAAUCCGUAU